ACUAAAUUCAUUGACGCAUCUCAGUCGAGUGCGUGGCCUCUUCUACUAUACAUCAUACUGAUCGGUACUUUUCGUCAUGGUCGUUCAUUUCGAUCGUAUGUCAAAACCGGAAAUGCAUCUUCCAAAAUUAUUUCUUCUUUUUUCCUUUUUUAUCGCAAUAGGCCAAUGUGAUGUUCAAAAUUCUAUUGGAAAAGAUGAUACCACAGCACAAAUAGCGCUUGGCGAGAAGCGACUCGAGGAUCAUAUUCGCGCGAUUGUAAAGCACUAUCAGCAAGAAGAUCCGAUAGGUCUACCUGGUGUGCCUAUACCCGAUCCCUUGCCAGUACCGGAUAUGAAGCAUUCGUUUUCUAUGUAUACUAUGAACUUCAAACAAAUGAAUGUUUACGAUUUAUCAAAAUUCCGGAUAGUAAACAUGGAAUCAGAACUGGCUUUGAUGCAAAUUUCAGUGACUUUAAAUAUGAAAAACCUGAACAUUCGUGGAUUCUAUACUCUCUCUUCUUGGCUAUCACGAUCGGCUGGUAAUUUUACUGUGAAAUUGUCGGGAGUGUACGUGAAAGGACUUGGCAGGCUGGAAGUGGCCAGCGAUGGUAAACUGCAAGCACAAAACAUCGAUUUGGAUUUGACAUUUGAAAAGAUAGACAUGGAUUUCAAGAAUUUGGGCUUCCUGGGCUCUGUGUUUCAAAGCAUGAUCAAUUCUGUAGGCACCUUUAUUUUCGACAGUAUUAAACCUUUCAUAUUGAAGGAAAUAAAUACGAAAGCUAGGGGCGAGGCUAACAAACAAAUCUCACAAUUGCCGCAGCAAUUCCCGAAUUCUAUAUCGCCCUUCGAUAUGUUAAUAACCGAGAUCCGCAGACAAAUAUCUGAAAAAGGCUACGAUCCGUUCAAGGUGAAGGAUUAUAGCCAGACCGUCGGUAUAUUCACAGUGAUGUCGACUCAUACUUGGAUCACUGGCCUGGGAAGCGUUUACCGAAUGGGAAACGUUACUUUAAGCAUACAGAACAAAACAGUGUAUGCAACAAUCGAUGCUGGUACCCAAGAAAUUGAAGGAAAGACUCAUUGGGAAAUAAGCGUGAUUGGUGGUGUUUUAUCAAGAGCUGGUAUAGUUACCUUUACUAUACAAUAUUUCAGGGCUCAAGUAAAAUUAAGCCAGCCCCUGGACACUCGGCAAAAGCCGAACAUGGAAGGUCUUGAUCUUGAAUUGGGUAAUAUUCAAGCAAGAGUGCAUGGAGCUGGUACCGUCGAUUACUUAAUCGAAGCAAGCAUUAAUAUAUUACCAAACCUUUUAAGGUAUCAGAUAAUGGAUGCAAUAGAAGGACCACUUAAAAGACGUAUUCAAAUUGAACUAGACAAAGUGGACGUCGAAAAAGAGAUUUACGAACAUAUUCCACAUAUAGAGGAACAUGCUACUAGACAUAUUCAUGGUUUGGUUCCUCCGGAAGAGACGAUUUUAGAAGGGUUAAUGCCGCCUCAGGAUCAAGAUGAACAACCAUUUUCAGAGAGUGAAGAAAAUCGAGGUCCUUCGUAAAAAUUGAACUUAUUAUAAAGUACAUAAAUAAUAAAGUACAUUACGCGGUAUUUAAAUUAUUUAAAUUUGAAGAUACAAUUUUUUAACGCCAUCAAAGUUACAAAAAAGAUCUGUUUACUGACAGAGGUCGUGAUAAAUACACUGCGCAAUACACUGUGUGCUUUGUAAAUAUUUUUGUUCUAUUAAAACAUAGUAUUAAAAUAUAUUAUUGUUAUAGAUUAAUGAUAAAGAAUCUUCUCAUUUCAAUAUUUAACGUUUAUUUACUGAAAAAAACUUUUAUUAAGGAUACAAUAGUGUACACAAGUGUAUAUUAAACUAUAGUUACAAAUAUAAUGUCCAUAACAAAUUUUUGGCAGGACAUUGUACAAUUAAAUUUCGUAAUAUUGAAUCAUAUAGAAUAUAGAUAUUAUUAAUUAAAUUGCGUAAUAAUGCGGUUAAAUUACCAGUUAAACAUAUCGGUAUAAUGGUGCCGUCAUAUAGAAAUUCAAUUCAUGAUAUUUAUUUUGAUCCUUUUUUUCAUAGUAUUUCAUACAUAUUCAUAGAUUCUAUGUCCACGGUUCCUGUACAUUUCAAUAUAUUGACAUUUUUACUAUUUACAGUUAUAAGUUACGAAAAACGUGUCAAUACAUUGAAAAACCUUAAAACUAUUUUUUAUACAAGAUUACCAGGACAAUAAAUCAGAUGUUAGAUACAUAACCUAUUACAAAUAAAUAUAAAUACAUUGCAUACAUAAAGAAUAUAUUUAGGGUGAUACUGUACUUUGAAUUUUACAUUUAAAUGUCUUUAACAUACUGUUUCAAUAUGUGCGAUUUUUUUAAGCUUAAAGAAGAAGUUUCAUGAUGAAUUUCUAUG